GCCGGUGGGUGCUAAGCACUCACUAAGUUUUUCCUUGGGAGCUCCAGCGCCUGUGGAUUCAGCAGUAACGCAAGGAACGUACAGGCCUGAACGUUAGCUUCCGCAAGCUUGAGGCCUAUGAACUUUGAAGAGCUAAACUUUGUGCAGAUAAACGGCCCAGUGGAAAACCCCAAGUAUUUGGGGAGCUGAAAACAGAGUGUAUACGGGGAAGUUCUGACCACGGGUACAUGAUCCAACUUCAGGAGUGUCUAGGGUGACCAGAUGUCCCGAUUUUUGGGUCUUUUUCUUAUAUAGGCUCCUAUUACCCUCCACCCCCCUCCCAAUUUUUCACAUUUGCUGUCUGGUCACCCUAGAAGUGUCAUGGUAAUGAAUUUACAUACAUAACAGGUACAUGUGCUACAUCCACAGAUACCUAACCACUAAAGGGCCAUGGAAACAAAUUGCCGUGUUUAGAUAAUAAGUUGAGAUCACUGAUAUACUAACCCAGAGAAGAAAGACAGUCCAAAAUUGGAAAGGUGUGGAUAUACCCCUAUUGAAUAUGCAUCAAACAUAGUGUCAUCAGCAUAUCAUAUUAUAAAAGUUUCAUCCAGCCUAGGGGCGGUAGGAGACAGAGAUGAUGCCCUUGGGUUGGCCACUGGAGAUGAUGGGGCAGUUGAUAGUAUUGUUCUGCAAGGGAUGGUGAGAGUAUAUGGCCGUGCAGAGGUACAUUUUGUAGUAUCUCUAUCUACCUUACUGAGUCGGGGUGUUUGUGACUGUGCUAAAUGUAUUAAUAAACCAUAUUUAUCAAUAUAGAAGAGUUCCUAUAGUGUGAGUGUUGCAACUGUGCACAUUGGGGUUCCCAACUAUAUAAUAAUGUAAAUAACACAGGGCCUGAUCUUGGGGGCAAGAACCUGUCAACCCUUAAAGUGAUAAUUGGUGAUUCUUAAGUUAUAUAUAUAAAUAUAUAAUCUGUAGAUCGGGCUACAAGUCCUAACAAUGAUACUUUUUAGGUUGAUUUUCACUUCACAUGGCCAGGAGGGGACCCAGGUGUGCAGAAGUACGUAGGUGAUAGGAGGGAAAGAGUCACCAACUUUGGGGGCACCUGUGCUGGGUCUGUGUCUCUCUCCACAACACUGGGGCUGGGAAGGGGGCUGGGAGGGGCUGUUCCUGUGUGUCUCAUUCCUUCCGUGGCUCUAAUUUCUCUCCCUAGAGGUGAUCAUCCCCUGGGCUGAUCUCAACCCCCCUGGACAUGUCCCGCAUCCCUGUACAGAUGGUGCUGCAGGGGGUCCAUUGCUGAUGCCAGGCGAUCCCCAGGGAGAUACAGCUGUGCUCUGGCUCAGAGACGGGCCAUGGCUGCCCAGGUGGCUCCCACAGCUGCUCUCAGGCUCCAGUUCCAGCCCCAACCAGGAUGUGGCCUGGUUCCCAAAGAGGAAGUGGAGGAGCCAGAUGCCCACGGAGCCAUCGACAUGGAGAUGGAUCGUCUGCGCUUCAGGGGUUUCUGCUACCAGGAGGUUGAGGAUCCCCGGGAGGCGUAUGGCCACCUCUGCCUCCUCUCCCGGGAGUGGCUGAGGCCGGAGGAGCGCUCCAAGGAGCAGAUGCUGGACCUGCUGGUACUGGAGCAGUUCCUGAGCAUCCUGCCCCAGGAGAUCCAGAGCUGGGUGGGGGGGUGUCACCCCCAGACCGGGGAGCAGGCCAUGGCACUAGCAGAGGGUUUCCAGUUAGCCAAGCAAAAGCCCGGAAUAUGGCCACGGCAGGAGGAGCUGGUGACAUGGAAGGAGGAGACUGUGUGUUCCUCUGCGGCAGAGCAGGCAGAGCUGGAUCCAGGACAGGGCGAGAUCUGCAGGGCGGUUAAGGAGGAGAAUAAGGAAGACACUCUCAUUUUGCUGGAAGGAUUCACCAUCCCCGACCUGGCUGCGAUCCCCCAGAUGGAGCCCGAGGAAGAGCCGAGGGUCCCGAAUCUCCAGGGCUCUGAGGAAAGGGAGAUCCCGAAAGGCGCCCGCAGAGCAGGUGCCAGGACAGAUGAGGGGAAUCCCCAGUGGGAAGGACCCGUGGGAGCUGAGCCACCUGGGACGUCCCAGAGCCCCGAGCAGGGAGAUGCCUGUGGGACAGCAUGGCUGCAGGGAGACCCCCCAGGGAAGGAGAGACCUGCUGGGUGUGAUGACCCCCAGCCUCAAGGAACCCACAUGGGACAGAAACCCCGUAAAUGCCCCGACUGCGGGAAGAGCUUCAGGUGGAACUCGGCGCUCCUCCACCACCAGCGAUCCCACACGGGGGAAAAACCUCAUCAGUGCAGGGAAUGUGGGCAAAGUUUUGGGCAGAAAUCCACCCUGACUAGGCACCUCAGGAUCCACACUGGAGAGAGACCCUACACGUGUCCCCAGUGUGGGAAAAGCUUUAGCCAGAAGUACAGCCUGUCCCAGCAUCAGAUGACGCACCAGCAAGAGAGACCUCACAAAUGCACCGCAUGCGGGCUAAGCUUCGCUCUCAAAUCGUACCUUGUUCGACACUUGGUGAAACGCCACAUGGGACAGAAACCCUAUAAAUGCCUCCAUUGUGGGAAGCAGUUUGCUUGGAGCUCAGACCUGAGGAAGCACCAGACGACCCACAUGGUGGAGCGCCCCUACAGAUGCCCCCAAUGCGGGGUAGGGUUCACCCAGAGGUUCAGCCUCCUAACGCAUCAGAGGACCCACAUGAACGAGAGACCCUACAAAUGCCCCUACUGUGACAAGAGCUUCAACAGGAGAUCGGGGCUUGUCAAGCAUCAGAAGACCCACACGGGGGAAAAACCUCAUGAGUGCACCGAAUGCGGGCAAGGCUUCGGGCAGAAAUCAAACCUGACUAGACACCUGAGGAUCCACGCUGGGGAGAGACCCUACAAAUGUACCAAAUGUGGGAAAAGCUUCACUCAGAAAUCAAACCUGGUUCAACACUUGAUGAAACGCCACAUGGGAGAGAAACAUGAUGCAGCAAAUGAGCCGGUGACAUGGGAGGAGGAGGCUGCAUGCUCCUCCAGGGCACAGUGGACAGCGCUGGCCCCAGCGCAGGGCAAGAUCUGCAGGGAGGUGAAGGAGGAGAAUAAAGAAGAGCAUCUGAUCUCACCGGGAUUCCCCAUCCACGACCUGGCCGUAGUCUCUCAAAUGGAGCGAGGGGAAGAGCUGAGGGUCCCAGAUCUCCAGGGCUCUGAGGAAAGGGAGACCCUGCGAGGCACCCACACAGGUGCCAGGACAGAGGAGGAGAAUCCACAGCAGAAAGAGCCUGCAGGAGCAGAGCUGAACAGGAUGUCCCAGAGCCCUGAGUGGGAAGACCCCGGUGGAGCAGGAUGGCAGCAGGGAGACCCCAUGGGGGAGGAGAGACCUGUUGGGUGUGAUGAUCAUAAUCCUCAGAGAGCCCCCGUGGGACAGAAACCCCAUAAAUGCCCCGACUGUGGGAAGAGUUUCAGGGGGAACUCGACGCUCCGCCAUCACCAGCGAUCCCAGGCGGGGAAAACACCUCAUCAAUGCAGGGAAUGUGGGCAAAGCUUUGUGCAGAAAUCAAACUUGACUAGACACCUGAAGGUCCACACUGGGGAGAGACCCUACACAUGUCCCCAGUGUGGGAAAAGCUUUAGUGAGAAGUGCAACCUUUCCCAGCAUCAGUUAAUGCACUGGCAAGAGAGACCUCACAAAUGCACUCAAUGUGGGCAAAGUUUUGUGCAGAAAUCAACCCUGACCAGACACCUGAAGGUCCACACUGGGGAGAGACCCUAUACAUGUCCCCAGUGUGGGAAAAGCUUUCGUCAGAAGUACAGCCUGUCCCAGCAUCAGUUAAGGCACCAGCAAGAGAGACCUCACAAAUGUACCACAGGUGGGCAAAGCUUCGCUCUCAAAUCGUAUCUCGUUCACCACUUGAUGAAAUGCCCCAUAGAAGAGAAAUCCUAUAAAUGCCCCGACUGUGGGAAACUGUUUGCUUGGAGGUCAGAUCUUAGGAAGCACCAAAUGAACCACAUGGGGGGAUGUCCCACAGAUAUCUCCAGUGCAGGGUUCCGUACGGGGCUGGUUGACAUCAGGGGGACACCCCCAUUCCAGUGUAAAGACGACCCCACCCUCAUGGAAGAAAAACCCUAUAAAUGUUCUGACUGCAGGAAAAGCUUUAAGCAGAGCUCGGCCCUAAGGAGGCACCAGCGAACCCACACGGGGGAGCGACCCUACAAAUGUCUCCAGUGUGGAAAGAGUUUUGCCGACAGCUCUAAGCUCCUUCGCCAUCAGAGGAGCCACACAGGGGAGCGACCCUAUGGGUGUGAGUGUGGGAAAAGCUUUGCGGACAGCGCCAAGCUCCUAGAGCACCAGCGAACCCACACAAGAGAGCGACCCUACAAAUGCCCUCAGUGUGGGAAGAGCUUUGCUGACAGCUCCAGCCUCCUUCGCCAUCAGAGGAGCCACACAGGUGAGCGACCCUGCAUGUGUGCCCAGUGCGGGAAGAGCUUUGCCGACCCCUCCAACCUCCUUCGCCAUCAGAGGAGCCACACAGGGGAACGACCCUACACGUGUGCUCAGUGUGGGAAGAGCUUUGGGCAAAACUCGAGCCUGAUGAAGCACUGCAGGGCCCACACAGGUGAGAAACCCUGCAGGUGUGAUGAGUGCGGGAAGAGCUUUGCUCAGACCUCCAACCUCCUGGAGCACCAGAGGAUCCACACAGGCGUGAAACCCUACAAAUGCCCUGACUGCGGGAGAGUGUUCUGCCACAGCUCCUCGCUGACAGGCCAUCGGAGGGUCCAUACUGGUGAGAGACCCUAUAAAUGUCCCGAGUGUGAAAAGAGCUUCAAACACCGCUCUGUGCUUAUUCAGCACAGGAGGAUCCACACAGGGGAGCGACCCUACAAAUGCCCCGACUGCAGGAAGACCUUCGCCGAUCGCUCAGUCCUGACCUGGCAUGAGCGCAUCCACAGAGGCAAGUGAUCCUACAGGUGUGUUCAUUGUGGGAAGGGCUUCAGUCAAAGCUCCACCCAUGUCCAGCAUCUGAGAACCCACACCGGGGAGCGGCCCUAUAGAUGUGAAGAGUGUGGGAAGAGCUUCAGUGUAAGUUCCAGCCUUGUUGUCCACCAGAGGAUCCACACAGGAGAGAGACCUUAUAACUGUCCCAAUUGUGGGAAGAGUUUUAGUGGCUGGCCAGAUUUUAGCAGGCAUCUGAGGACCCACGCCCAGGAGUAAACCUGACAGGCGACCCAAUUCUGGGAGAUGCUACUGUGAGCACUCUGGGCUCUUUAGAGAGAGAACCCACCCAUUGGAGAGACCCUAUAAAUGCCCCAACUGUAGCCAGAGUUUCUGUCUCAGCUUGGAGUUUCGUAGGUACCAGAGAAUCCUCAUAUGGAGGUAACCCUAUAAAUGUCCCAACUCAUGGAAGAGCUUUAGUUCCAGGAUGUAUCGUACUAUUCAUUAGAAGAUCCACAGCAGAGGCAGGCCUGAGCAAUAAAUGUUGGAGGUAAGCAUCAUUCAGAGCUCCGAACAGGACUUCUGCUGUGGCAGUGGAGUGGGGCCUCAGAGUAGGACUUCCGAGUAGGGCAGAUAGUGAGUUUCUUUUCUCUCUCUUAUUUUUGGAAGAGGCAUUUUGUUGAUCUUGUGGAAUCUGGGUUGUUAGAAAGUCAAACUGAAUGUGAAGUUGUUUUUUUCUUGCAGAAUGUAAUUAUUUUCUUCACGCUACCCUAAAGGGUAGGGGGAAGGGAUAUCAAGUUUGUCUGUGAGGCCAAUCUUGUCCCUUUUGUGGGUCAGUUCCUGUGCAAUAUUGAUCUGUACCAUACAGGGUGAGCAGUGCCACACUGCUACCUCCUUCUGGCAGGUCACAGUCAGGAACGCCAGCAGCCUUUUUGGCGCCCUAUGCGGCAGAAGGUCCCGCCCCCAAAAUGGCACCCCUGAGAGAGGCGACAGAAGAUCCCGCCCCUGAAAUACCGCCGACGACCACGGUGGCUGAACAUUCGGCCGCCAUGGUCGCUGCUCCCCAAAUGUUAGUCCCUGUCGCCUAAUGGGCUGCACCGGCCCUGGUCACAGUCCAGAUCCAAUGCAGAAAUGCCCACACUAAGGGACGGGCUGAGAGAGGAAUGGGGUUUCUUACAUUGCUGCUUCCUUAGCCAGCUCCAGGGCAGAUACUGAGAGAUGGGCCCUUUCCCUGGGUAUCCCAUUCAGCUGCUCCUCCCUCACAGUCUGUUGUGGAACUCUCAGGUCCCCAACAUUCCACUCUAGUGCUACGGAACCAUCAGGCCCCCAACAUUCCAUCCGGCAGCACUGUCCUGGGGAUGAGGGAUCCCCUGAGUGACCGUGUCCAUAUGUGCUUGAUCAUCCAUAAGGAUGAAGUCUUGGAUGGCUCUGGUGUCCUCUUCCACAAGGGUUAUCUGUACUCCCGUGUGCCCCUCAUUCUCUGCCCUGGCUGAGGGUGUAUCCUCUGCUCACAGCUGGUCUAACUGAUAAGGGCUAUGUGAUAUAAAGAGUUAAUCCCAAUUUCCACCCCCCCUUCCCAAAGUGCAGUGGGUGGUGCCAUGUGGGGCAGGAGAUGUAAAAGUGCGGGAACCUUCCUGUUCCCACCCCCUCAAUCAGGUGAUUAUCUGGUUUGCUAAUCAUAAUUUGCUCGGAGUUGCUCCCAGUCCUGCAAUGUGUGCGCCCAGGGGCCAGUCGCCAUCUGCAGCCCGAGGGCCCAGGAGGAAGAGAGGUGGCUCAAGAGGAGAGAGAAACAGCAGCAGAGGCAGGAAAUCACUGCCUGGAGGAAGCAGCCACUGAUAUAAUAUGAGAAACUGCUACCUGUAGGAAUUUGCUACCUGCAGCAGUUACUCAUAUGUAAGGAAUUGUAAAAAACUGCUAUCUGCUGUAGCAAAUUCCUACAGAUACCCUAAAGUGUGAGACUGUUGACUUUUUGAGUUCAGAGUCAGUUUUGGACUUGACUACCUUGAAUAACUCUUUGUAUCAUCUGCAAACUUUGCCCC